AUGGACAUCAGUACUCUCCUCGUGGAAUGCUCCUUAGUAGCCAUGAUGUUGUACGCCGCGUACGGCGUCAUCUAUCGUCUUUAUCUUUCUCCUAUUGCUCAUUUCCCGGGUCGGAAACUGGCAGCUCUGACCUUCUGGUACGAGUUCUAUUUCGACGUCAUUAAACGGGGCUCCUACGUCUGGGAAAUUCAGGAAAUGCACGAGACCUACGGUCCAAUCGUCCGCAUCAAUCCCUACGAGCUUCACGUUGCAGACUCGGACUUCAUCGAUCGGCUCUAUCCUACCGUCGCUAAGAAUGUAGAGAAAUGGUCUUGGUCCGCGGGCAUGUUUGGCAGCACUGCUAUGACCUUUGGGACCGUAGGCCAUACGCUCCACCGCCGACGACGUGCUGCUUUCAGCAAUUUCUUCUCCACAACGUCUGUCCGGCGGCUUCAGCCGUUGAUCCAGUCACGCAUCGAUGUUUUGUGCGAGAAACUGUCAGAGAAGAUGGAUAAUGGGGAGCCGGUGAACUUGGUUCAUGCAUACUCGGCAUUGACACAAGAUGUGAUCACAGAGUACUGUUUCUCGAACUGCAGGAAUGUACUCGAGAUGAAAGACUUUUCCCCGUGGUAUUACGAGCUCGUGCAGAAACCAUCGGAGCUCUCCCAUAUGAUCAAGCAAUUUCCUCACAUGCUUCCAAUACUGAACCUUCUUCCCGACUGGUGGGUGCGUGCCACGAACCCUCUAUUCGCCCAACUCCGCGCACAGCGACUGGAGUACGUUUCCCAGGUUCAAUCAAUCCUAUCUUAUCAUGACGAGACCGGAUCCAAAUCCCAUCCCACAGUGUUCCAUUCGUUGCGAGAUGACGAUGGUCUCCCGCUCUCAGAGAAGUCACUUCCACGCCUUGUCAUGGAAGCACAAAGUCUCGUUGGUGCAGGGACUUUGACAUCUACGCAUAUGCUGAGCAUGACCACUUAUCAUGUCCUCAUGAACCCACCGAUCCUUAGCAGACUAAUGGCGCAACUUGAACAAGCGUUGCCGGAUGCAUCUACGCCAUGCUCAUUACAGAAACUCGAGCAAAUUCCCUACCUCAGUGCGGUCAUUAACGAAGGUCUACGUAUCUCAUAUGGGUCAAUUCAUCGACUACAGCGUGUUCACCCAGAUAACGCCUUGACUUUCCGGAACUGGACCAUUCCGCCCGGCACACCCGUCGGAAUGAGCUCUCUUCAUAUGCACAACGACCCUGCGAUAUUUCCGGAGCCUAGGAGGUUUGACCCUUCACGUUGGAUGGGGCCGGAGAAAGAAUUGAGGCAGAGACACUUGUUCAAUUUUGGGAGAGGUACCAGACAAUGCGUAGGUAUGAACCUGGCUCAAGCGGAGUUUCACAUGACGCUUGCAACAAUUUUCAGAAAGUUUGGGACAAAGAUGCAGUUGUAUGACACCGUCAGGGAAAGGGAUGUCGAUGUCAAACACGACUUUUUCGUUACGAAUCCGAGUCUGGACAGUCGAGGUGUGAGGGUGACCCUCCAUAGCAAUAGCCACCAGAUAUGA